GGGCGGUGCCAGCGCGAGCGGGAAGGAGGCGAACGUCGAAUUUUUGUCUGCUAGCCUAGGAGACUUGAGGACUGGCCCUCCCCGAGUUUCCAGCCCUAGAAACCCCGGCCUCUGCUCCAGGCAGUACCCCGUCCCCUGGGGGCCAUGAGCCGGGUCUCGGGGCUCGUGCCCUCUCGCUUCCUGACGCUCCUGGCGCAUCUGGUGGUCGUCAUCACCUUAUUCUGGUCCAGGGACAGCAACAUCCAGGCCUGCCUGCCUCUCACGUUCACCCCUGAGGAGUAUGAGAAGCAGGAUAUUCAGCUGGUGGCAGCGCUUUCUGUCACCCUGGGCCUCUUUGCAGUGGAGCUGGUCGGUUUCUUCUCAGGAGUUUCCAUGUUCAACAGCACCCAGAGCCUCAUCUCCAUUGGGGCUCACUGUAGUGCAUCUGUGGCCCUGUCCUUUUUCAUAUUUGAGCGUUGGGAAUGCACCACGUACUGGUACAUUUUUGUCUUCUGCAGUGCCCUCCCAGCCGUCACUGAAAUAGCGUUAUUCAUCAGCGUCUUUGGGCUGAAAAAGAAACCUUUCUGAUACCUUCAUGACCGGAAGUACGGAUGAAGGCUGGAAGAGCGAGGGAUCGCUCACCGUUCCUGGAAGAAGGAAGUCAGAGGCUCCAGCUCUUCCUCCAAAACUGCGUCAUGGAGGGUAUCAGUGUAAUAGUAAUUAUCUCUCGAGUCUGAAAUUAUGUGUGCUUUGCUUAUAGUUCUUUGUAAUAAAUAUAUUUUUAGAAUAUGAUCGACUUAUAAAAAUUUCAGAUGAAAAUUGGGGUGGCCAAAGUGAUGGCUGUUUUCUAGGCCUGCGGACUGUAAAAUAGUAUAUUCGCUUUUAUUUUGGUUAUUACGGUAGAAGUCUGGCGGGAGGGUGGGCGGGGAUAUGUAAAUAAGGCGGUACUUACGGGUGGGACACCCGGCUGGUAAGUGAGUGGAGCAUUCUGGGAGGAAUUAGCUUAUCCAUUUUUGAUAGCCAAAUGGAAAAACUUAUUUUAAAACAUUUGGAAAUAAAUGUACCAAAAUAUACAGAAGAACCCAAGUAGGCUUAGUUGCUCGGACCAACGCAGUGUUUACUCAUCCUAUCUUUGAGAGGAAUCUUUUUCCCAGAGUGCGGAAUGUCACGCUAAACGUUCUUAUCGUCAGGUAGGAUAAUCCUUACCUGUUCCUCCUUCGGGAGGGCAGAAUGGAAAAUGAUGAUUGGAGCUCGCAUGAUUCGUGAUUAACGGCUCUGCGUAAUCAGGACUUGCAACACCCUGAUUGCUCCUAUCUGAUUCUUCCUGACGAUCAGCGCUUUU